GACACGUGACAUGCGCGUGGGACCCUCGCCAGUUAACGACAACUCCCAAUUAAAACGCCGCCGUCCGUUCAUUUCAACGCUGAGCUUCUCUCACUCUAAAAUCCAAUCAUUUCCCCAAAGACUCUGUUUCUUCCGCACAAACACCACUAAUCUCCAAUCUCUAUUCAUUUUCCCCAGAAAAUCCCUAUUUUCCCUCUCUCAGAUUCCCGGAAAAUUCGAAAAAAUAUUUCUCCACUCUAGGUCACAACUUUUCAUUCUUCUGUUAAUUAAUCCAUUUCGUCGUUUUCGAUCCUCAAUAAUCCAAUUCCGAACCUGGUUUUGGAUUCUGAAUGCUUCGAUUCCAAACCUAGCGUUCGGAUUCGUUUCUUCAGUUUUCACCUUCUAACAGGUGAAUUUCCUUUUUGAAGUGUGGCUAUGUUUCAUGCAAAGAAGUUUCCGGAGGCAACUAUGAUGCCUCAUAAAUCUCAAGGUGGAGGUGAACAACUUGUGGAUGUUGGGGUUUUGAGUGGAUCUGUUGUGAAAGAUGCUGCACCUGCUGGGGGAGGGGGGAAGCAACGUUUGCGCUGGACGUCCGAUCUUCAUGACCGUUUUGUGGAUGCCAUUACACAACUUGGUGGACCAGAUAGGGCAACGCCAAAAGGUGUUCUUAGAGUGAUGGGGGUGCCUGGUCUGACCAUUUAUCAUGUUAAAAGCCAUUUACAGAAGUAUCGCCUGGCGAAGUACUUGCCCGAAUCACCAGCUGAUGAUUCUAAGGAUGAGAAAAGGAAUUCUGUAGACAGCAUUUCUGGCGCUGAUUCUUCCCCGGGAUUGCAAAUCAACGACGCACUACGGAUGCAGAUGGAGGUUCAAAAACGUUUGCAUGAACAGCUUGAGGUUCAAAAGCAAUUGCAGAUGAGAAUUGAAGCUCAGGGUAAAUACUUGCAGAAGAUCAUAGAGGAACAACAGAAAUUAGGUAGUACUUUGGCAGCGUCCGAAACACUUCCAUUACCCCAUGAUAAGCAAACUCAUUCCGUAUCGGAGCCUUCUGGGUCUAGUGAUGCCCUUGCAGGCACUUUUUCUCCACAUAAAAAACAGAGAAUUGAUGAAGGUUCAAAGGAUGGUUUCAUUGCAUCCCAAGUUACAAGAAAGACGACACAGAAGAAUGAUUGUAACGUUGGCUGUUUGGAUCCUAACUUGUAUGAAGAUGAUGCUGGUUUUGGAUUUGAUUUGGAGACAGAAAAUGAUGACGACAAUGAGAGUGAGCAGUAAGAAUUAGGUUCUGUAUGUAGGGCAACAUUUGUGUUAUUGGAAUAUCUAGUAGAAAAUACAAUCAUGUUUUUGUAUAUUAUAUUCCACGCAAUCCAUUUGUAUAUAUUAAUGUAGAAAUAGAUGCAUUCUUCUCUCCUGGAUUGUACAUUUGGUCAUGGAUGAUGAUUGUUAGGAGCUGCAAACUUGUCAUCAUUUAUCAAUGUUCUAGUUGUUAUUGUCUAAA